UAUCAUGAAAUGUCUUCUCCUUUAUAAAAGCCCCUCAACCACCCAUCGGCAAUCAGCGUCUCUCAACAAUUUCUCUCCUUUCUCCCAACUCUCAUAUCCCACCAACCGUCAAAAGCUUUGAUUCUCUGAGAAGAAUUUUACUCUGUUCCUCAGCUGAGGUCAAGCAAUUGGAAGCUAGGACAAGUUUUCAGAACAAACGCAAUGGCAUUUCAGCAGUAUUUCGUGCAGGAAUGGGAAUCUAUUCCGAAGCCAGCCACAGAAUCCGAAAAGACUUCUGCUUGUUUUGAUUGCAGUAUAUGCUUAGAUUUCGCAUGUGAUCCAGUGGUGACCCUCUGCGGCCAUCUCUAUUGUUGGCCUUGCAUAUACAAGUGGUUUGAUUCCCAACGUGCUUCCCUUGGUUCAGAUGAACUCCCUCAGUGCCCUGUUUGCAAGGCAGAAAUAUCUGAAAAAACCAUGGUCCCUUUAUAUGGCCGCGGACAGUCCCUUUCAGAAUCCAAAACUGAAGAAAAGGUUAUACCUCCUAGACCACCAGCCGGCGGUAUCAAGGGUCUCAUACAAUUGUUUAAUCCUGAACGGCAACCUGCAUCUCAUGAUCAGUAUCAGAAUUCACACAAUUUCCCAAAUCCUUAUACCACCUACGGAGAAAGUUCACCACAUCCAUUGUUUAAUCUCCGAGGAACUGCAACAACUGCUCUUUCUCAUCCUACAGUGGGAAUGUUUGGGGAGAUGGUUUACGCUAGAGUAUUUGGCAAUUCUCAGAGUUUAUACACAUAUCCCAAUUCAUACCACUCAGUCGCCAGCAGCUCGCCAAGGUUGAGAAGGCAGGAGUUACAGGCUGAUAAAUCUCUCAACAGAGUUACAAUUUUCUUAUUCUGUUUUUUUAUAUUGUGCCUUCUAGUAUUUUGAUUUUUUUUCGAAUGAUCAUCCCACCCGAGUAUGUAUACAUUGUACAAAAAUUACUCGACGUAUUGUUGUGCCCAUGGAUAGAUGGGAUGACUAUCAUAGUGUUCAAUAAUGAGAUAAGUUUUGCCUGAGAUGCGAGCCUUUUCACUGGAGCCCAUCCAAGUUUGAUUCUUUUCUUGGCAUUUGUAGAUCUGUUACUAGAGAAGUUAGUCCGGAUUAGGAUUCUGCCUCA